AUGAGACAGGCCGUGCAAGCAGUAAACUCCUUCGUGACCGUGUGCACGGAUUUGGAGAGGCAGCUGGCCUCGGCUAGGAGGAAGGUUGCCAGCGAAGCUGGCAAAGCAAGGGAGGCCAAGGCGAGGCUCCAGGCCUUGGAGGAAGAGAAGAGGCGGCUGGAGGAGGACAUCUUGACGAUGAGGGGGCAGUUUGAAGGCGUGGAACUGGCCCACAAUCUCCAGAUCGAGAGCCUCCAGGCGACGAUCGUCCCCAAAUCCCGUCUAGACAAGUACAUCCUCGCGGGGGUACAGAGGUACUUGGGGUCAUCCGAGUUCGCCCUUGGGAUAAACGACGUCAUGGACCUAGCCAUGGAAAGAGGAGCUAGGAAGGUCGUCAUGGAAAUAGAGGCGGCCCGAAGGAAGAACGAGGACAUCCAACCCAUCCUCGACAAGUAUGCUGAUAGGGAGAUGAAGGGAAAGAUAUCUGCGGUAAGGCUGCGGUGCAAGGCACAGAAGCACUUUCGCGACAUGAAUUUUGCGCUGCUUCCUAUAAUGCAGCAGAUAGCUGAGGCUUGCCCCUCCGUUUCUAAGCCCGAAGACAUCAUAGAUAUCCCGGGUAGUCCUUCCUUCAUCUUUCAGAUGCCGAGGGAAACUCAAACGCCUCCGAGGACGCCGCCAGGACCUGAUGAGGAGCCCGAGACGGUCGAACAUACAUCACCCCCCCCAAAGGGCACAACUCCGGAAGCCGCGGGGAGGGAGAGGGAGGGGGGCGGCACUUCGACCGACUCCAACACCAACAGCGAAGACAAGGUGAAUGAUGCGUAG